AUGAGGGUGGCCCUUUUGCCGGAGCUGCAGGGGGAGCAGGAUUAUCCGUCCAAGCUAUCUGUGGCAGAGCUGGCGGGCAGGUUCAAAGGUCAUAUACUCCCCAUGAUGCCUGUUGUACAUGAUGAGAUGGACUCAAGUCCCGUCAAAAUCCGGACCAAGAGCUCCUCCAUUAUCGAGAGACUUCAGGCCAACCUCGCUCUGUCGCCCACUACUCUGCUGCCGUCGCCCAAGGGUGCCGAGUUGAACCGCCGUCCCGACUCGCCCCCGGCCGCCGUGGUCACGAGCCCGCCGGGGCCUGCCCCGCAGCCGUCCGUCGAGGAGGAGGACCAAGAGGAGCCCGUCAGCUUCGACGGCCCUCCAGAAAGCGCCCCGCUGCCGAGCUUCCACAAGACCCGAGUACGGCUGUCGUUCAAGAGACGUCCACCGACGAGACAACACAGGCGGUCGGCGUGGGAGUCGCCGUCUCUCUUCGGCGACGAGGAGUCAUCGCCCGAAGCCAACGGGGACACCGUUUUGCAACUCGCUGUCCGAGAAGACGAGGAGGACUGCCAAGAGGCUCGGGGGGAGCCGGCCAAGACCGCCCCGGGGGACGGAGAGGAAACUCGGGAAGCGCCAACGCUCCCACGGCAGACGGAUGGAGGAGACGCCGACACGCCGCACUGA